CGAUAAAUGUCAGCGAGAAAAAAGAAAGACGAUUAAUGGUGAUGAUCUGCUCUGGGCGAUGGCGACGUUGGGUUUCGAAGAUUAUAUUGAUCCCCUUAAGGUGUAUCUGAAUAGGAACAGAGAGAUGGAGGGUGAUACCAAGGGAUCUACAAAGAGUGGUGAUAAAAGGGAUGUUGUUGGAGUUCAACCUGGUCCAAAUGCACAAAUUGCUCAUCAGGAAUCCUUCACACAGGGAGUGAGCUAUAUGAAUUCUCAAGUAAUAAUUUUACCUCUGUUUCUAUUUCAGCAUUUAGAUCAACAUAGACAUUCCGAUCAAGCCAGACAUUAAAAAGUUAUAUUAA